AGCGCGGCCGAGAGCAUGCUGGACGUGGCUCUGCUGAUGGCCAACGCUUCCCAGCUGAAGGUCGUGCUGGAGCAGGGGGCGGACUUCCACUUCUACGCCCCCGUCGUCACCCUCAUCAGCAUCUCCCUCUGCCUGCAGGUCGCAGUCGGGGUCCUGCUCGUCUUCAUAGUCCGUUGGAACCUGAAUGAUGAACAAAAGCAGCGGAGGCUGAGCACGAUGGAAACCGUGGCCACCGGCCUGGUCUUCAUCAUCGUGGCAGUCAACGUCUUCAUCACAGCCUUUGGAGUUCGCGGCCCGAACCGUGGCGACUGACUGACCGCACACACACAAACACACACACACACACACACACAGAGACACACACACGGUAUUCUCUCGGUUUCUGCUGCUCACAUAUAUUCUUUAUGCUCCUCCCUCUCUCACAAAGGUAGCUUCUCUCCUGCCUUACUAUGCCGUUGUCUCCUAUAGACAUCCGUGUAGUCAGCAUGUUUUAUUUUGGGUCCUGACCCCUCACAACCCACCCCUCCCCCUCCCUGACCUACAAACACACUGACCUCUCCAGGCUCUCAGAGAAAUUUCCAAUGGAGGGGGGGCGACUCACUCCAGAAGAUCAUUGUCCUGCACCAAGACAAAACAAGCGAACCAGAGGGAAC